AUGCAUCGCCCCGAGCCCACCCCUCCAUUCUCCAACACUACAACUUCUACAACGCUUCGCCCCCUUCCCAACUCAUCUUCUUUAACUCAUAACAACUCACCUACCAUGCCGUUCUCACCCUCAUCCACCCUCAUCCAACCCUCCCACCCGGCUCUUCAAACCCUCUCUCCCUCUGAUCGCCAUCUGUUCUGCAAGUAUGCAUCCGGCCCGCAACAGUCUCCCGCCUUUCCCACCGUCCUUGCCGCCUUCGAACAAAUGGCAACCACUCACCCGCAUGCCCUCGCCGCAACUGAAGUCCUGGAAGACGGUCAACUCAGCGACGAUGCCAACAUCACAUACGCCCAGCUCAACGCACAAGCCAACAAGCUCGCCUUCCUCAUGCAAGAGCGAGGCGUCUCCAACGGCGAUGCUGUCUGCCUCUUUCUCAAGCGCAGCGUCCAAAUGAUCGUCGGCAUCAUCGCCUCACUCAAGGUGGGCGCUUGUUACGUGCCGCAGCACGUCGGCCUCGCCCCAGACACCCAGCUCUUGAACGUCGCUGAUGCAACGAGCGCCAAGGUCGUUCUCACCAUGGAUGAGCUCCAAGAAAAGCUGCCCGAAUUCCCUCCGCACGUCUCCGUCAUCCCCAUCGGCAGCGUCAUGCGUGACGCAAAACUGCCAACUGCAGAGCCCUCGCUGUCGCGCGCAGUGCGUCCCUCGGACCGGUGCUACAUCAUUUUCACCUCUGGCACAACCGGUGCCCCCAAGGGCGUGCAAGUCACGCACGCAAACGUCGCCAACGUCCUGCUCACCUCCCCCAUGGACCUGGGCAUGGCGCCCGGCGUGCGAGUUGGUCAGAUUCUCAGCAUCGCCUUCGACAUGGGGGCGUGGGAGAUUCUGGGGUGCUUGUCACACGGGGCCACGCUCGUCAUACGGCAUCGCAGCAUUGCCAACGCUGUCAAGCUUGUCGACGUCGUUAUCUCUACGCCCACCGUGCUCGGGACGUUGGACGCCGCCGAGAUGACACACGUUAAGACGGUGGCAGUCGCUGGCGAGCCUUGUCCGCGCGGGUUGGCAGCGACGUGGGGCAAGUUUGCGACGUUCUACAACUCGUGCGGCCCGACCGAGACGACGAUCGUCAACACGGCAAAACGCUUCGAUCCUGAGUCCACUGUGCUCACCAUCGGAAAGCCGACACCGAACAACACGGUAUACGUACUCGACCCUGAGACGCUGGAGCCGUGCAAGAUCGGGGAAGUUGGGGAGAUGUGGGCAGGCGGUGAAUGCGUUUCAGCGGGAUACCUGAACAAGCCGGGGCUGACAGCUGAGCGGUACCUUGUGGACCCUUUCAUAAACGGCGUGAAUUCGUUUAUGUACAAGACAGGAGACCUCGGUCGAUGGGACGCCAACGGGGAACUGGAGCACUACGGGCGCGUGGACGAUCAGGUCAAGGUGAAGGGCUUCCGUGUGGAGCUGGAUGGUGUAUCUGCGAUGGCCGAGACUGCACAUGGGGUGGAGAAGGCGGUGGUUCUGAAGAUCGGAACUGAGCUGGUAGCGUUCGUGACACCGGAGUACGCGAAGACAGAGGCUGUCAAGGAGGCAGUGGGCAUCAAGCUGCCGUACUACUGUGUGCCUUCCCGUGUUGUGGGAAUGGGAGCUCUGCCCAAGACCGGGAACGGGAAAGUAGACAAGCGGACGUUGAAGGAAAUGGAUGCGAGAAAGGUGUUGCAGCCCAUGCUGACAAGGAGGUCGAGCUCGCGGGUCUCUCACGUCAGAAGUACUCUGCGAACACUUCGGGUAUUGUGAGCGAAUACUGUAGAUGCAGUAGCUUAUACUAUUUAAUCGUUAUUAGCUUCCAAAUGUUGCAAGAAGACUUUGUCUUCCGUGCACUUGGUUUGGAUAUAUUCUCCUUUCUUUCUUCUCAUUCUUAA